UCUUUACAGGCUUCGCCGGAGGCAGUUUCUUAAAAAAAAAAAAAAAAAAGGCAAGCGCAAAGCCGCAGAUUAUACAUUCUGCUCACAGUGCGGGUAAAACAACCUGCAGAGCCGCAGAGGGAGUCAGUGGGCUCCUCAGUUCAGGAGAGAAGCGGCGCUGGCUAAGCAUCACUCUAAAGCUGUCUGGAUAGUUUUGGAGGAUUUUUAUUUUCCAUACUGACAGUUGGUUGUUGACGCAUCAGGUGCACCUGCACCUUUCUCUCUGGAUUCACAAAGGAUUCCCUGCAACUCGCAGCUGAUAUUCUUCCACUCCACCAGCCUGCAGUUUUUUGUUUUUUGUUGUUUUUUUUAAAUUUUAUUUUCCUUCAUAAGAGGAGAAGCGCACGAUGCUGCUGGGAGUCCUCUUCCUGGCGGUUCCUCUGCUGAGCGUUGCCGCCGGCGGCGCGUCCUACGUGCCCUGCGAGCCGUGCGACCCGAAGGCCCUGUCCAUGUGCCCGCCGGUGCCCGUGGGCUGCCAGCUGGUGAAAGAGCCCGGCUGCGGCUGCUGCCUGACGUGCGCCCUGGAGGAGGGCCGGGCGUGCGGUGUGUACACGGGGCCGUGCAUGCGCGGGCUCCGCUGCCUGCCGAAGAGCGGAGAGGAGAAGCCGCUGCACGCGCUCCUGCACGGCCGGGGGGCGUGCGCCAACGAGAAGCUGUACAAGCUGCAGCAUCCACCCAAAGACCCAGUAGAAACGAAGGUGCCCCUAUAUGGAGAUCACAUCAGCAGUCGGAAGAUUCACGCCAUGAAGCUAGCCAAGGACCGUAAGAAGUAUUUAGCCAGGCCUGGAUCAAGCAACAACCGAGAGCUCCCGCCAUCUGGCCUGGACAAGGCGGAGCCGGAAUUCGGGCCUUGCAAAAGAGAACUUGAUAAUCUCAUUCAUGGAGCUUCUCGGGUCCUGAGCGUUUCUUUGUACGUACCCAACUGUGACAAAAAGGGAUUCUUCAAGCGCAAGCAGUGUAAGCCGUCCCGCGGUCGGAAACGGGGCAUCUGCUGGUGCGUGGACCGCUUUGGCAAAAAAAUCCCAGGUAGCAACUCUGCGCGUGGAGAACUGCAGUGCAAAGACCUUGACGGUGUCAACAACAGCAACGAAUGAGAGCAAAGCGCCUCCAGAGCCCAACUUCGUCUUCUUAAAACCUGCCAAACAAGCUAGCACACUUUAUGACUGACAAUCAGGAGAAUAUGGCACAAACACUUUUACUUUUUGUUGAUUGUGAUGGACUGCAUUGUCUGUUGUAGAGAGGAGGCAAACUCUAUAUCCUAUAUCAAAGAGAAAUAUAUAUAGAGAGUUUUUAUUUCGUUUAUAAA